ACAAGUUCUAAAACCCUACAAAGGGCAAAGGGCAAAGGGCAAAGGGCAACCAACCAGACUUUCAACCUCCAGAGUUCCAGUUCCAGUUCCAGUUCCAAUCACUGCUUGUUCUUGUUUUUUUAAUCAAAACUCUGACAAUGGAAACAUCAAAAGCCAUGGAAGAAUCAGACGUUGGCAUCCUUUGUUACAUCUCUCAACUCCCUGGUUUUCGUGGCAUCCUCAAACAAAGGUAUGCUGAUUUUAUUGUAAAUGAAGUUGAUACUGAUGGAAAUGUGGUUCACUUGACCUGUUUGGAGCCUCCUCCUCAGAUGGUGGAGGAAACUCAGGAGUGUGAGGCAAAGGUAUCUGAUGAGAAAAUGAGUGAAAGUAAGAGUUAUGAAGCUGAAAUUGAAUUGUUUAGAUCUCUUGCUGGUGAUUCUGACGCUGAAAAGUUGGAAAGUUUGAUAAGUCAAGUUGACUCUCGUACUGAAAGUGAAGAUAGCGUUCCACAUAUCGUGCUUUCACCGGAUUCUGAUAAAACACAUCGAACGGCAGUGCAUAAUUUCUUCAAGCAGAACUUCAAGUUCCUUGUCACUGACACCACCGACGGACCAGAUGCUUCAUCAAAAUGUAUUCGUGUAAGAUUAGAUUCUGGAGGGCAUAAGAACAAUGGCAGAAAUUCUAAGAAACGGAAAGAAAGAGGUGAAAAACCCUUUGAUAGCAGAGGUUCAAGUAAUUGGCCAGAACAUCUCAGCAAGUUUCUUAGGUUUCAUCUUUACAAGGAGAACAAGGAUACACAGGAGGCCUUAGGAAUCAUAGGAAAGAUGCUUGGUAUUCAGUCUAAAUCAUUUGGUUUUGCGGGUACAAAGGAUAAGCGUGCUGUCUCAACUCAAAGAGUUACUGUUUUCAAGCAACAAGCAAGUAGACUAGCUGCUCUUAAUGACAGGUUGAUUGGUAUCAAAGUGGGUGACUUCUGCCAUGUCAAAGAAGGACUUCUUCUUGGGAAGCUCCUGGGAAAUCGAUUCACAGUCACUCUACGAGGGGUCAUUGCAGAUUCUGAAGACACCAUCAAGGCAGCAGCAGAUUCCUUAGGAAGGCAUGGGUUCAUCAACUACUUUGGUUUACAGCGUUUUGGAACUGGUUCUGUGCCAACACAUCUUAUUGGAGCCGCACUGCUCCGAGGAGAGUGGAAAACUGCUGUAAGCAUGAUCCUUGAUCCAAGAGAAGGAGAAAGAGAUGUGAUAAGGAAGGCAAGGGAAUAUUAUAAGGAAAGUAAUGAUAUUGAAGGGACCCUAAGGCAAUUACCUCGCCAUCUGGUUGCUGAAAGGGCCGUACUUCAGUGUUUGAAGAAAUGUCCUGGCGACUACUUGCAGGCCAUGAAAGCCAUACCUAGGACUUUGAGAAUGAUGUAUGUGCACGGCUACCAAAGCUAUUUGUGGAACCAUGCAGCAAGUGAGAGAGUGCAAAAAUAUGGAUUUGACCAAGUUGUUCUGGGGGACUUGGUGUAUUGUAAAGGGGAUGAUACUGAAAAGGAGACAGUUGGAGUUAAUUCUGAAUGUAACGAUGACAACUGUGAUGAUACAUAUGAUUGUAGUCAUUUAGAUGAAACCUCAGGAACUGAUCUUCUGGAAAGGAAAAAUACACUUGUUAAGGUGGUAACUGUUGAAGAUAUGUCAACUGGAAAUUAUACUGUUGAUGAUGUUGUCCUUCCUAUGCCCGGAUCUAGGGUAAUUUUUCCAACAAAUGAAAUUGCCAAAGUUUAUCAUGAUUUGGCAAAGAAGGAUGCUAUCAAUUUGACCGAAAGCGUUCAUCGUGUCAAGGAAUUUUCCAUAACCAGUAUGACCGGAAGUUAUAGGCGUGUUUUUCAGAAGCCACUGGACUUUGAAUGGGAAUUACUUACAUAUAAUGACAGCAAUAAACCAUUGGCAGAGACAGAUCUGGAUAAAAUUUCCAAGACUGGAUCAUCAAACAUAAUAAAACAAGAGGAACAAGGGAAGGGAGACGAGGACAACGAUUUAUCUGAUUGCACAAAACUACCAGUGUGCUCCCGAAAUAGUAUAGCUCUAUCAUCUGACACUAAUGAGGAGAGUGAGAGAGAAGUUGAGUCAGAACAAGUCUCUGGCUCUAAUUGGCAGGAAACCCAGAUGGCUCUCAAGUUAAGCCUCACCCUUCCAGCUUCAUGCUAUGCAACAAUGGCCAUAAGAGAGCUGCUGAAAACAUCAACAUCUGUUGCAUACCACAAAACAUUGAACCAGUGAGCACAUCACUGCUCAAAAGAUAUGUACUUUCCAGGGAGCAGAAGUAACUAAUUUAUGAGAGCAAACAAUUUUUAGUUGAGCUUUUAACUUAUUCCUGAACAGCACAGGUUUAGUGACCAAACGACCCACCUAUCUUGUUGAUGUUAUGCCUCUUGUCAAGUCACCAUGAAGUUCAUAAGCAUUUUGUCUAGAGACUCGAUGUUCACGCAGGUUAGAUAGCAGACAGUGAAACCACCCAGCUCGUUGCUCCUGUUGUUUAUUUUCCUUGGGUUGUGAUUCAUUGUUGGUACAGGAAAUAUAACGAACAAGAUUUUACUGCCUUGCCUUUUCUGGUAA